GUUGCAAUUGCCCGUUAGCGCCAUUGCCGCGGCGUGUUGUAUAGAUUGGGACGCCAACGCGCACCGCCUAUACAACGUGAUGCUUCAACGCUGUUUCCGGCGGGCUGCAGGGGCCACAUCACUCGCCGUGUCGCAACGCAGCCCGCGGUAUCAUUUAACGAUUCGUCACGUUCAGCGGCGCGAGGCGUCUCGACUCAGCUACUACCACGCGGCGAGUGAAGUUCCAUUGCUGCCACUGACCAUGGGCCAGGUGCUCGACAGGGCGGCCGACACCAUGGGGGACAACGUGGCGGUGGUGUCCUGUCACCAAGGGAUCUCCAAGACAUACGUGCAGUUCAAGCGUGAUGUCGAUCACCUAGCGGCCGCACUGGUCUCCCUCGGACUCCCACCGGGAGCCAUGAUUGGCAUCUUGGCGUCUAACAUGUACGAGUGGCCCGUCGUGCAAUUUGCGACGGCCAAGGCUGGCCUCGUUCUUGUAAACGUCAACACCUUGUACCAGGUCCAAGAAUUGGAGUACUGCCUAAAGCUUGUGGACUGCGAAGCGCUAAUCGUUUCGGAGAAGUUCGCCCGCCAGGAGUACUACGACAUGAUGCUGCAGAUUGCACCUGAACUCGAGCGGUGCAAGCCAGGUGAACUCAAGUGUGCGAGGCUUCCCCGCUUAAAACACCUUAUUUUACUAGGAGAUGAGACAAAGCCGGGUACACUAAGGUACGACGAUCUUCUGGCCCAAACAACCAAAAAAGAUUAUGCCGCCGCUGAGAAGAUAGCAUCCAAAAUCGGCUUCGAUGCUCCUGUUAACGUGCAAUUUACCUCCGGCACCACGGGAAAGCCUAAAGGUGCUUUGCUUUCGCACUUCAAUAUAGUCAACAACGCUAAUUCGAUGGGACGUGGAUUAGGACUCCAUGAACAGCACGAGAUCAUCUGCCUGAACGUACCCAUGAUUCAUUGCUUCGGUUGUGUCAUCGGCACCAUGGGAGCAGUUGUGUUCGGUUCUACCGUCGUGAUGCCAUCGCCCGUGUUCAAUGCGUUCGCCGGCCUCCAAGCCGUCACGGAUCACAGGUGCACGGUGCUAUACGGAACGCCGACUAUGUACAUAGAAAUAUUGAAACAUCUAAGUGCAGAUUACGACAUUUCGUCUCUUCGCAAAGGUGCCAUGGGUGGUGCCCCGUGCCUUCCAGAAGUGAUCAAGAAAUCCAUUGAACGACUCAACACAAAGACUGUCCAUAUAGCUUACGGUGCGACCGAAUGCAGUCCCGUCAUCACGUCUGCCACCUUCGAUGCGUCAUAUGACAAAUGGGUUAACUCUGUCGGAAAGGCGCUAGACCACGUUGAGGUGAAAGUUGUGGACAGCGAGAACAACAUCGUCCCAGUUGGUACACCGGGAGAGCUGUGUGCUCGCGGCUACCUCGUCUUUCUCGGGUACCAAAACGAUCCCGUCAUGACCGAGGAGGUUGUGCGCGACAAGUGGUAUCACACCGGAGAUGAGGCGAUCAUGACUGAAGACGGCCAUGUGGUCAUCAGUGGUCGCAUCAGUGACAUGAUCUGCCGUGGUGGCGAAAACGUGUACCCGCUCGAGAUCGAGGAGUUUCUUUACACGCAUCCAGACAUUGAAGAAGUCCAGGUCGUGGGCGUUCCCGACAAGAAGUUUGGAGAAGAAAUAUGCGCCUGGGUUGUCUUGAAAGAGGGGAGGGACCUUAGUGAGAGAGACCUCAAGAUGUUCUGCGAUGGUCGGAUCAGCCGCUUCAAGACGCCAAAGUACAUUUUCUUCGUCGACUCAUUCCCGAAAACCGUUUCUGGAAAGAUACAGAAGUUCAAGAUAAGGGAAGAGAGCCGGCGAAAACUAAACCUAUGAGCACAUCAUGUGGAUUUGUGUUUUCGUAUAAUUUAAAAUAAAUUCUUGUCUACAUACAACGAGCUAUAACAACACGGAAAGGUGUGCCCCGAAACAGUAGCAAUCACUGCACUACAGCGUAGAAAUAUAUUUGAAGUUGACGUGAGACAUGGGACAGGAUUUCCCGACGUAUAAAGUAAUAAAUUGACGUCAUUUACAACGUUUUCGCCAU